CCACUUUGAACAUCCGGGGACUCUGGUGGCGUCACGAAUGGAAAGUACACUCGGUUUCCGUUGCGUUGAGAAACCGACGAAAACAACCGGACGGCGCGCGGCCACACCGACCGACCGGCCCAUGACACCCACAUAGCGGCACCACUGCAGCUGACGACGACAUGGAGAAACCUCCGUUCAGGCAGAACCAGAACUGCGGAGACUGGGAGCUGAAGGAGAGACUGGGAAUGGGAGGAUUCGGUCACGUUUACCUGUACCAGCAUCACGAUACAAAUGAAAAGCUGGCCGUGAAGAUGUGCUGUCUGGAGCUCACUCCGAGGAACAAGGACCGAUGGAGCCGAGAGAUCCAGAUCAUGAAAAAGUUGAAUCACAUCAACGUCGUGUCGGCCCGAGACGUCCCGGAGGAAAUGAGGCACAUCGCCUUAAACGACCUUCCCCUGUUGGCCAUGGAGUACUGCUCCAGAGGAGACCUGAGGAAGAUGCUGAGCAAACCUGAUAACUGCUGCGGAUUGAAAGAGAGCGAAGUUCUUUCGUUACUCAACGACGUCGGAUCUGGUAUCCAGUAUCUUCACGAAAACAAGAUCAUACACAGAGACCUGAAACCUGAGAACAUCGUGCUGCAGGAUAUCAACGGGAAGCUGGUUCACAAAGUCAUUGAUUUAGGCUACGCUAAAGACCUGGACCAGGGCAGUCUGUGCACCUCCUUCGUUGGCACGCUUCAGUACCUGGCCCCCGAGCUGUUUGAGAACAAGCCGUACACGGUGACCGUGGACUACUGGAGCUUCGGCACCAUGAUAUUCGAAUGCAUCUGUGGUUUCCGGCCGUUCCUCCACAACCUCCAGCCGGUGCAGUGGGCGAGCAAAGUGAGGAACAAAGGCCCGAGGGACAUCGUGGCUGUGGAGGAACUGAACGGAGAAGUUCGGUUCUCCACUCACCUCCCUUACCCCAACAACCUCAGCAGGACCAUGCUGGGCCCGAUGGAGAGUCUGCUGCAGCUGAUGCUGAUGUGGGACCAGGGCUGCCGAGGAGGCGCCGUGCAGCCCGACACCAAGAGGCCCAAGUGCUUUGAGGAGCUGGAGAGGAUCCUGAGCAUGAAGGUGGUCCACAUCCUGAACAUGACCACGGCCCAGGUGCACUCCUUCCAGCUGGCCCCGGAGGAAAGCCUCCACAGUCUGCAGAAGCGCAUCGAGGCCGAGACCAAGAUCGAGGUGGUGAACCAGGAGCUGCUGCAGGAGACCGGCGUGUCCCUGGACCCCCGGAAGCCCGCCGCUCAGUGCGUCCUGGACGGAGUGAGAGGGUGGGACAGCUACAUCGUCUAUCUGUUCGACCGGAGCAUCACCAAGUACUCCGGACCCCUCAGCGCCCGGCAGCUGCCCGACAAAGUCAACACUAUAGUGCAAGAGGCCAAGACGCAGCUGCCCCUGGCGGUGCUGAAGAAGGUCUGGGGGGAAGCGGUGAGCUACAUCUGUGGGCUGAAGGACGACUACAGCCGGCUCUUCCAGGGACAGAGGGCGGCCAUGCUGAGUCUCCUGCGCUACAACACCAACCUGACCAGGUGUAAGAACAGCAUGUUCGGCUUCUCGCAGCAGCUGAAGGCCAAGCUGGACUUCUUCAAGAGCAGCAUCCAGUACGACCUGGAGAAGUACAGCGACCAGAUGCACUACGGCAUAUCCUCAGAGAAGAUGCUGAAAGCCUGGCAGGAGAACGAGGAACGAGCGGCCGCCUUUGCACAGGUGGCAGAGGUGAGCCAUCUGGAUGAUGAGAUCAUGGCUCUGCACUCGGAGAUAGUGGAACUUCAAAGGAGCCCGUACGCUCGACGCCAAGGAGACAAGAUGGAGCAGCUAGAAGAAAAGGCGAUUGAACUCUACAAACAAAUGAAGAUGAAAUGCAAAAUCCCCGAGCCAGAUGUGAGCAGCGACAGCUCCGAGAUGGUGAAGGCCAUCAUCCAGACGGUCCAGAACCAGGACAAGGUCCUUAAAGACCUGUACACACACCUCAGUAAGAUCCUCAUCAGCAAGCAGAAGAUCAUCGACCUGUUUCCGCGCAUUGAGAAGACCUUGGAGAGCAUCAAGGACGCCGACAACACCGUGAUGCAGAUGCAGAUCAAGAGGCAGCGAGAGUUCUGGCACCUGCUGAAGAUCGCCUGCGCUCAGAACCUGACGCGGAACUCCAUAGCAGCCAGCCCCGAGUGCUCCAACCUGCUGCAGGUCUCCCAGUGGUCCCAGUCGGCCCAGCCCGUCAGCUCCCCCCACCCCCUCACCUCCUUACCCGGGCCCAAUGACAGUGACGCUGCACCCCGCCUGCUGCAGGAGAACGAGCGGUACCUCAGUCAGCUGACCAGCCUGAUGCACGAAGCUACUGACGAGCAGACCAAAAGCAUCGUGGACCAAGACUGGAGCUGGACCAAGUACGAAACCCUGACGUCGAAGUUAAAAAAGAGAAACGCGUAAAAGAAGCUCAAAGACUUUGAGACUCCAGAUGUUGUUCCUUUAGAAAACGAGUUCACGGCGUCCGUCCCGCCUGUUCGAUCCCGUCGACCUCACGGCCGCGACGCCGCGUCGCUCUACGUUCUUUUUCUGUUUGCUGCACAAUAUGAAGGUCUGAGGAGGUUCAUUAUUACUGUAACUGCAAAAACAACAACAACAACAAUAGAGCAAACUAGCGCCGGAUCGGAGGAUUUGAGGAACAACUGUGACAUACAGGAAGUGGUCCGGGGGGGGGGGAGGGGGGGGGGGGGGGAUUACAAUCACACAAGCAGCACUUUGAUACUCCAGCGUUUCCUCUGUAGAGACGGUUUCCAGGCUAAUAUUCAGAUUUAUAUACGCAGUUAAACUGUUAAUAUAAUAUAUGUUUUACUAAUGUUUUACUAUUCAGUCUGGGGUUUAGAUUCUAUGUCAAUGAUUUGAUUUGUUUUUGUUUAUUUUAGUGUUACGUAUCACGGGGAGAAGUCUUCUGCGACAAUGUCAGUGAGGGGCGUGGUCUUCUGUCACGAUGUCAGUGAGGGGGCGUGGUCUUCUGUCACGAUGUCAGUGAGGGGAGUGGCCUUCUGUCACGAUGUCAGUGAGGGGCGUGGCCUUCUGUCACGAUGUCGGUGAGGGGCGUGGCCUUCUGGCACGAUGUCAGUGAGGGGCGUGGCCUUCUGUCACGAUGUCAGUGAGGGGCGUGGUCUUCUGCGACAAUGUCAGUGAGGGGAGUGGCCUUCUGUCACGAUGUCAGUGAGGGGCGUGGCCUUCUGUCACGAUGUCGGUGAGGGGCGUGGCCUUCUGGCACGAUGUCAGUGAGGGGCGUGGCCUUCUGUCACGAUGUCAGUGAGGGGCGUGGUCUUCUGUCACGAUGUCAGUGAGGGGCGUGGUCUUCUGUCACGAUGUCAGUGAGGGGCGUGGUCUUCUGCGACAAUGUCAGUGAGGGGCGUGGCCUUCCGUCACGUCUACACAACGUCUCAUAAGCACAGAUUGUUUCACUGGAAACGGUUCAAACCAUUUGUUCGAUGACGCAAUCAAUCCAUUAAAUCACCAGCAGAUGAAUUGAUUCAUAAUCAGCCUGUUAAAUAUUCUCAUUAUUCUCAAAUAUCUAUCGAUCCACCGACGGUCUGAAACCCAAAGAACUUUAAAUUGAUAUUCAAAGGGAAUAAAUCACAUUUGAGGUUUUUAUUUUAUUUUAAUCACUGAAACGAUCGAUCGGUUACAAAAGAGUCGCCGUGUCAUCGAGGAACCGAUCGAUCGUCAACGCACUGAUCUCAGAUCUGCUGUUUGUGACGGGAACGAGGCGCCGAUGGAUCAAUGAGCGCGAUCGGGAACCGGGGAACGUUCUGCGGGUUCGGGUCGUGACUUUGGGCCCAGAGUAUUUAUGAAGUCGUGCAAUGGAAGAAAGUUUAUUUUUGUUUGUAUUUAAGUCGUUUUCUUUCUAUUUUAAGUAUUAAAUGUUUAAUUUCUAUAAAUGUAUAAAGAUCAAACGUUUUGCCUCGUAAUGAAAUAAAAUGACUUCUAGCACA